CGAGUCCCUUGUGCUGUAGCAGACCGCCAUGGCGUCGAAGCUCCUCCACCGAGUCCCAUGGCUCCUCCACCGAGUCGGCGCUGUCUCUGCACCUCUGAAAUAUCCGCGGACGCUUUCACCAACCCUCGCUGCCUUCGCUUCCUUGAGACUCCUCUCCGACGUUGCUCCUCGGCCUCUUCCUGUGGCCGCGACCGGCAAUUCUCCUCCCGCUUCCACCUCGCCAGCUCCUCAAUUCUCCGGAAGCUCCGAGAAGUUCGAGCAUAAUGCGAAGAGUUCCUCUGUUCGCUCAUCUCUGAAGGAUCCUGAGCUGGCCAAGUUCUCUGCCAUCGCCGAUACAUGGUGGGAUUCUGAAGGCCCAUUUAAGCCUCUGCACCUGAUGAAUCCUACAAGACUUGCUUUCAUUCGCUCCACACUCUGUCGACAUUUCGGGAAGGAUCCAUCCUCCGCAAGGCCUUUUGAAGGUAUGAAAAUUGUAGACGUUGGUUGUGGCGGUGGAAUUCUUUCAGAGCCAUUGGCCAGGAUGGGAGCUUCAGUAACAGGUGUGGAUGCUGUAGACAAAAACAUCAAGAUUGCGCGCAUUCAUGCUGAUUUGGAUCCAGUGACUUCAACGAUUGAAUAUUGCUGUACAACAGCUGAAAAGCUUGUUGAAGAACAAAGGAAGUUUGAUGCAGUGAUCUCUUUGGAGGUGAUAGAGCAUGUAGCAGAUCCUGCUGAGUUUUGUAAGUCGCUCUCAGCAUUGACAAUUCCUGAGGGAGCUUUGGUGAUUUCGACUAUUAACCGCUCUAUGAGAGCAUAUGCAACUGCUAUUGUUGCUGCCGAGUACCUCCUCCAUUGGCUUCCGAAAGGUACACACCAAUGGUCGAGUUUCCUUAUCCCGGAAGAGCUAGUGUUGAUCCUACAACGUUCUUCUAUCUGUGUCAAAGAGAUGGCUGGAUUUGUGCACAACCCCUUGACAGGAAGAUGGUCUCUUUCCGAUGAUAUUAGUGUGAAUUUUAUUGCUUUUGGAACAAAAAAGGGCCAGUGAGUGAAUAUUCACGAGAAAACUCUCAUACCAAAUGUCAUUCGCAUUGGGAAUGUGCAUCAUACAUGAUUUGAAUAAUAUAUUAAAUCUUUUUUUUUUCCUUUAGCGUGUCAGAUUUUCUUUUUCUUUUGUAAUUACUUGAAGUAUCAGUGUCUUGCCGAUAUUAAUCUCGUCCGAUCCACAUUAGAGAAGUAUUGGGGGGAUGCAUAGUCAUCGCCAUUGUCGCUUUCAUGUUGGAAAUUAGUAUCUUCUGCAAUUUUAUAUGGAAAUUUCCCU